AUUCAGGACUACUUUUUCAUAACUACAUGUACUAACAAUUUUACUCGGAGAGCCUCGUCGAAUACUCGGACGCUUUAGUCGAUCGAUAGUCGAGUAUUCUGUAGAAAAAACAACCCGGACUGACAGGGUACUAGUGUACCUAAGUCAUUAUUCACACGGAUAGCCAAUUUAGGCUACCGAUAACGACUAUUUAUCUGGAUAGCCGUUCUAAAAUGUGUUCAAUUGAAUUAAAUACAUUGCAUUAAUUACACAUAGCUAGAACAAUGUGAUACAAUAUUACGACACACAGACUCUGGUUUAUUUCUAUUCAAGUAAGCUAGUAUGAAAAGUACAUCAACAUGCAAUAUAAGACAGAAAUUCGUUUUAUUUAUCAUUUAUGUUUAUGAAUUUUUAUUUUAUUUCAUUAUCUUUUUAUGCAAAAUAAAUAUAGGGCAUGUUUUUUUCUGAGAACAUUUUGAAGGUGCGCAUUUUUCCCAAGCAAAUUAACCCAACUUUGAGUUUGUGUGUUAUACAAGAGGCUGGGAUAUACACUACCCAUAAUUAAUAUAUCAACUGGGGCGUAGUCCCAACUGAAUCACUAACUCGUGGCAGCUAGAGAAGUAAAUAAAUGGUCAUCUUUAUUUUGAUAAUAAAAUGUAUAAGUUCUAAGUUUAGUCACCAUUGUCCAGCAGAUGAACAAUUUGACUUGACUCUUACAUGAUUAUUUGACUCACAAAAAUACUGAAGCGUUUAAAAUUUAUGAACACUACUAAAUCAGCUAUUUUAUAGAGUACUCGAAUAUGAAAAACUUAGUCGAUGAUCGGUUUAAUCGAGCAAUAGUCGAGUAAUCGAGUUCUCGUUAUCAUCCCUAGUUCAUGUAUAACACCACCAACCAAUAACAUUUACGUCACAAUGCAUAUUAAACCAAUACAUUGAAGCAAGCAGUCUCGGUCAUCCUAUGGCUGCUACAACUUGCUGACUGCUUGAAUGGAAGUAAUAAGAAAUGAAAUAUUACAAUGUGAAUAUAAACAUUUUUUUUUUUUUUUUUGUCUUUUACAACUAUUCUGCGGGUAAUUGCAACGGUGUGCAGACAAAUUUUCAAAAUCAUUCGGGGUUUUUUCUUCUAAACACUGUUGCGUACUAGCAACACAAUAAACGUCAAAUGAUAAAUAUUUAAAUCGAAUUAGGCGAAUUUAGAAACUCACUGAAAUAACUAAGUAUAUGUAUGAUGUUAAUGAGGGUAGUUCAUAUGAAUGUAUAUUUCAAUUAAAUCCAUAUUUCUCAUUGCAUAGGCUCGUUUAAUAACUACCGUAGUUGUGAGUAUUGUCAUCAUUUUUUUGGGAUUGAUGCUUGCACACAAAUACUACACAUCACGUAAACUGAUAUGCAGGACUGUCGGCGCCUAUUCUGCAAUGCAGGAACAAUGUGAAAACCUCUUCAUAUUUCUGGGUCUGCAGACAUUUGAUCUACAAUUGAACAUAACGAUGGUGAUUUUGAUCCUUCGUUCCGGGUCAAAUGUGGACACGGAGGGCAUUGUCAUUUUAUCAGUGGGUAUUCCGGUGACAAUCACCUAUUUUGUACUUGGAUGUAUCAGUGCUCUAAAGGAGAAGAAAAGAGUGGGCUAUUUGUAUGUAACCUUGCUGUUGUUGGCAUCAGCCUAUAUAAUAUUCAAAGUGUAUCAGUCUGUUGAUCAUUUGGUGCAUACAAAUGGGCAAAACUCAACCACCAGCACGUCGGGCACAUCACAACAACCAAACGCCCUUUCUGGAACCACACUCACGUGUGCGGUACUGGCUGUCAUCACCCGAGUAUCUGUGGUCAUAUAUUUUGUUAAAACCUUUAGAAAUUUUGGUAAAGGUUUGAAAGAGAAAGGUAAGAGAUAUUAUUCCAUUGUUGCAUAUCGUCUUGUCGUAAUCCAAGUUUAUCAAAGGCUUGAUUAAUACAUGACCUCUCCAAUGUCUUUAUAUUUUAAUAUUCAUUUCUCUCUCUUUAAGUAUUAGGAGACCAAGAAAACCACACCAUCGAUUUGCAGCCCAUGCCAUGUACAGAUGCAUAGAAGACUACAUUUAAACUGUUUGUUUGGUUUUACAUUUAGUUGUGAGAUAAUUGUUAUGUAUAUCUGUUAAUGGUGCUGGCCAUGCUUACAUGUAGAUGUACUGAACACGCAUCAACUCUUAAAUUAUAUGCAGUAGAGGGUGUUCAUAUAUCCUUUUACUGUUUUGAAUGUAAAUAA